GCCCGGUCAGAUUUGUAGUUUGGGUUGGGUUGGCAUGGCCUCAAACUGCUAUAGGCAGUGGUCACCAGUGCGGGCCAAGAAAUGGUGACUUGGCGGGCAAAUCUCAGCACGAAACCACUCCAUUACGUUCCUCUUGCCAGCUCUUGGUGAUCUCCGUCGGUGGCGCGCCUCUUUGGAAUUGCAAUUCGCCGGAUUCUAAGGUUAGAUGCUGGCGGGGUGCUGGGGCCACGGCCCCCUGAAUAUCUCGCUCCUUGCCGUCGAGAGAACGGACCUCUGCGUAUUCGUUGGGUGCAAUGGGGGGACCGGGUAUUUUACGCGGAAGGAUAGGUGGUGGAGGAAAGCGGUGGAGCAUGGAGACGGAGAGGGAGAAGCGCUAGGAUCGUUUGUGGCGCGAGCUCGGCUUACGAGGUCGUUGCCCUCUCGGAUCGAUUUGGACUUGCAGACCAUGCAAACUAAUGAUCCGUCACAACUAUUGUGGAUUGGUCCUCUUCCCGGUGACAUUGCUGAAGUUGAGGCAUACUGUAGAAUCUUUAGAGCCGCAGAGCAUCUUCACACUUCGCUAAUGGAAACUAUAUGCAAUCCAGAGACUGGAGAAUGCCCCGUUUCUUAUGAGACUCCGUCUGAGGAUAUUCAUGUCUUGGAAGAAAAGGUGAUUGCGGUGGUUGCCUGUAUGCUGGCAUUACUUACUAGAGGCAGAGAAGAAGUUUUAUCAGGAAGGUCUUCUUUGGUUAAUUCAUUUCAAGCUUCAGCUUUAAAUACUGCAGAUGGCAAGCUUCCACCACUUGCUCUCUUCAGAGAUGAAAUGAAAAGGUGCUGUGAGAGUUUAGAAGUUGCACUUGCAAACUAUUUCAAACCUUUUGAAGAUAAUAGAUCUAACAUCUGGAGGCGAUUACAGAGGCUAAAGAAUGUCUGCUAUGAUGCUGGCUUUCCACGCAGAGAUGGAUGUCCCUGUCCAACAAUUUUUGCAAACUGGGCCGUUGUUUUUUUCUCCACCAUGAAGGAAGGCAAUGCAUUGGACGAUCAUGAAGUGGCUUUUUGGAGAGGAGGCCAGGUAACGGAUGAAGGCCUUGCGUGGUUACUAGAGGAGAAUUUUAAAACAGUUGUUGAUCUAAGAGCAGAAGAAUCCAAGGAUGAAUACUACAACUCUGCUAUGAAGCUGGCUGUUUCAUCUGGGAAGAUAGAGGUGAUAAAUUUGCCUGUUGAAGCUGGAACUGCUCCAUCUAUGGAGCAAGUUGAGCAAUUUGCUUUGUUGGUAUCAGAUCCCACAAGGAAUCCACUCUACCUUCACAGUCAAGAAGGAGUUAAUAGAACUUCUGCUAUGAUUUCGAGAUGGAGACAAUAUAUUGCACGUUCUAAAAUGAAUUCUGUUAAAAUGAGCUCUCUAACACAUGAUUUGAAACCAUUAAAAACUGUGAAAGGCUUGGAGGAUCAUAAUUUAUUGGCUAUGAUACAUAAGAAGGUACAGGGUGACGCAAGUCUAGAUGCUCAACAUGAUUAUGGGUUUACUGCAGUUGAACAUGUUACUGGAAAACUGAGCGAACAAGAUAUAUCAACCAGUCUAAAGGACAACCAGAAUGGAAAACUGACCCCUAACCUGACAGUGAUGCAUGACUCAGUGCUAAGUUGUGGUGUUGAUGCGGGAAAUUCUUCGUAUUAUUCUUUUAACAAUGAACCUUUCAAAGAACAAUUUCCUGAGUGCGAUAUUUUUUCUAAAAAAGAAGUGACUCAGUUUUUCCGAAGUAGAAAAACCUCUCCUAAAACCUAUCUUAGUUCUUUUAGGAAAAAGUUUGAGGAUGCAUCUAUUUCAAGAAAGACAUACGAGCUUCCGUUCCAGAUUCAAGAAACCCCUACAAAUACUUACAUAUCGCAGUGCAUGAAGCCAGAAAGUUCAAACGGACAACCCAAAAAUAGAGGUUAUGAAUAUGGAGCUACCCAUACUUUUUUGGGCAAUGGAAAAAAUCUCAAGAAUGGAAGCUCUUCAUUAUUAAAAUUGGGUGUUAAUGGUUAUCAUGAAGAAAAAAAUUAUAUGGUUGCAGUUGAUGAAACAAAGGGUUCUAUUUAUACAAGUAACUUUGGUGGUCAAACUAUAUCUACUGCCACAGACAGAAAAAAAUUGGAGAAUGCUAAGCUCUCUACCAGCUCAACAAGUGAUAGUUUGGAUCAGAUGGAGGGCAAUAUGUGCGCUUCUGCAACUGGUGUUGUCAGGGUCCAAUCUAGGAAAAAAGCAGAAAUGUUUUUAGUCCGAACUGAUGGGUUCACUUGCACCAGAGAGAAAGUAACAGAAUCUUCUUUGGCUUUCACACAUCCAAGCACCCAACAACAGAUGCUUAUGUGGAAAUCUCCUCCAAAGACUGUACUGCUAAUGAAAAAGUUAGGGCAAGAGCUUAUGGAGGAAGCUAAAGAGGUGGCAUCAUUCCUCUAUCAUCAGGAGAAAAUGAAUGUUCUUGUUGAACCAGAUGUGCAUGAUGUAUUUGCAAGGCUUCCAGGUUUUGGGUUUGUCCAAACUUUCUAUAUCCAGGAUACCAGUGACCUUCAUGAGCGAGUUGAUUUUGUGACAUGCUUGGGAGGUGAUGGUGUAAUUCUACAUGCAUCAAACUUAUUCAGAGGUGCCGUACCUCCUGUUGUUUCUUUUAAUCUUGGGUCUCUAGGAUUUCUCACAUCACAUGAUUUUGAAGAUUAUAGACCGGAUUUGAAGGCUUUAAUACAUGGGAACAACUCACUUGGAGUUUAUAUAACUCUCAGAAUGCGCUUACAAUGUGAAAUAUUACGAAAUGGGAUGCCAAUGCCUGGAAAAAUAUUUGAUGUUCUCAAUGAAGUUGUUGUGGAUCGUGGUUCUAAUCCAUACCUCUCUAAAAUUGAGUGUUACGAGCAUAGGCGUCUCAUAACAAAAGUGCAAGGUGAUGGUGUUAUAAUAGCCACUCCUACAGGAAGUACAGCUUACUCGACAGCUGCAGGAGGCUCAAUGGUCCACCCAAAUGUUCCUUGCAUGCUGUUUACGCCAAUAUGUCCGCAUUCACUUUCAUUUAGACCUGUCAUACUUCCUGAUUCUGCUCAACUUGAGUUGAAGAUUCCAAUGGAUGCCCGGAGUAAUGCAUGGGUGUCAUUUGAUGGGAAAAGAAGGCAGCAGCUCUCUAGAGGAGAUUCUGUUCGCAUUUGUAUGAGCGAACACCCACUCCCAACGGUCAAUAAAUGUGAUCAGACGGGUGAUUGGUUCCACAGUUUGGUUCGAUGCCUGAAUUGGAACGAAAGGUUAGAUCAGAAGGCAUUAUGAAUAUAAAGGCUCAUCGUACAUAUCUGUACAAAAUCAUACAAGUAACUUAAAUGGGUAAGCUAAUCUCCCCUUUUAGCUGAAAUCUAAAUAGAGUUAGUCCAUUAUGAUUUGUAAAAUAAUUUAAAUAAAGUAGUGCUGCAUUGUUUUCAAUAAAUAGAAAUCUCUUGUAGAGCAACUUGUAAGCAACCUUAAAACACCACAUAUUUGCAUUCUUGAGCCGGAUAGGGAUCAAAGGUAGGAUUUGCUUUCAACAGAGAAGAUGAUAAAGAGGAAGAUGUGAGCAAUUCUUGCUUUUUUUUUU